AUGGUCAAAGAAACCAAGCGGGCACUCCAGUUGCCCAAACAGCAGCUACUCAUUCUCGCAAUAUGUCGAUUCGCUGAACCCGUGGCUAUGACUUCGGUCUACCCUUAUAUCCCUGAAAUGAUCCAGUCAUUCAACGUAUCCGACGACAAAGUCGCCAAAUGGGCAGGACUCAUGUCCGCCACGUUUUCCCUCUCACAAUGUCUCACGGGCAUCGCCUGGGGAAGGGCAUCAGACAAAUUUGGACGCAAGCCUAUUAUCUUGACCGCUCUGACCUGCACCAUGCUUUUUAGCGUUGGAUUCGGAUUCUCACAAAGCCUGGUCUGGGCCUUCGUGUGGCGGUCACUGCAAGGACUCUCGAAUGGAAAUGUCGGCAUCAUCAGAACCGCUGUGGCAGAGCUCGUUCCUCAGAAAGAACUGCAGCCUCGGGCCUUCAGUAUCAUGCCCUUGGUCUGGAACAUCGGUAGUGUUUUUGGCCCUUCGCUCGGCGGAUCGCUCGUCCGCCCUGUCGAGCGCUAUCCCGGGUUGUUCAGGAAGUCGAAAUUUUUCACCGAGUACCCCUUCGCGCUACCGAAUCUCCUCAUCAGCGUGCUCUUCCUGAUUGGCAUCUUCGCGGGAAUCUUGUUCCUGCGUGAGACCCUCGAAGAGAAGCAGGCCCGCCGAGACUAUGGCCUCCUGCUGGGGAAACUCCUAACUUCGAGUUGUUCACGACGCAGGAAACGAGCUCGCGGCUGGUCUGACGCGGCGGAUGAGAGCCAGCCCUUCCUUGACGGCACAACAAGCGAACUGUCCAGCCCGGUCGCGAAUCGCGCUCCUCCCCUCCCAAAGAAAAACCCCGGCUGGGCCGAAGUGUUCUCGCGACAAUCCAACAUCAAUCUCGUCGUCUACACCUUCCUGGCCAUGCAUUCGGUCGCCUACGACCAGCUCCUCCCGAUCUUCAUGCACUACCCGGUGCAGUCCCGCCGCGACCCCCAAGUUCAUCUCCCCUUCAACUUCGCCGGCGGCUUCGGCAUCAAGUCCAACCAGAUCGGAUUUCUGUUCACCAUCUACGGCAUCUUCGGCAUGCUGGUGCAGUUCUUCAUCUUCCCGCCCUUUGCACGAAAAUACGGCGUCUUGAACUGCCUCAAAGCCUGCACGCUGGCGUUCCCCUUGAUCUACGUCGCGACCCCCUUCACCGCCCUGCUAGGGACGGACUCCAGCCGCCAGGGCGUCAUGAUGCUCCUCAUGCUGGCCAAAGGCUUCUGCGGCAUCUUCGCCUUCCCCUGCUCCACCAUCCUGCUCACCAACAGCGCCGCCACGCUGAGCGUGCUGGGGACCUUGAACGGCGUCGCUACGAGUAUUUCCGCGAUCGGGAGGGCCGCGGGCCCUGCUUUGGCAGGCGCUACUUUUACCGCUGGUGUGAAUGUCGGGUAUGUAGUUAUCUCCUGGUGGACUUUGGCUGUCGUUGCCGUGAUCGGAGCCGUGCCUGUCUUUGCUCUCGUAGAGAUGGAAGGAUUUGCGGGUGCAUCGAAUGACGACGAGAGCGACGACGAGGAUGAGGACGACGACGACGACGACGACGACAUAGAAGAUCGCGAUGCUUCUGACGCCGAACGAGAGGUCCGCUUCCUUACUACAAUGACCGGCGACCCCGACUCCCGGCGAACCGCAAAGACAACAUCCUCCAUUAUUACCAGCCCCGCCGUGCACAGCGACGACCGCGACGACAACCUCCUCUCCGGCUCCGCCUCGCUGACUCCGACCACAUCACGGGGCUCGCAGCCUCGUGCGCGCCGCCGCAGCUCCCACAGGGAACUGCGCCGCAUCGCCAGCCCGAUUGGUCUUGGGCCUGGUGUUGUUCCUCCGGGAUCGCGCAGGUAUAGUAGCGACCUCGGCGCGACGAGGAGCGGGUUGGGCGUUGGGGGCACGAGUUUUAAUUGA